AUGUCUGCACCGCCAAGCGCAACAGUAUAUGGUGCUCCACCUGCCUUCGGCCAUCCCCAGCCAGGAAUAUCAAACAUUUCCAAACAGCCACCAUGUACCACGCCGAAUAAUACUAUUUACAUCAACAAUCUGAACGAAAAAAUAAAACUGACAGCCCUGAAGAAUGCCCUAAAAGCCAUUUUUGAGCAGUAUGGAGAAAUUUUAGAAAUUUCAGCACGGGAUACUUUAAGAAUGCGUGGCCAAGCAUUCGUGGUCUUUAAAGAACAAGAGAGCGCAAUUAACGCAGUUAAAGGGGUUCAAGGGUUUGCGCUGCAUGGAAAGCCAAUGUUUGCAAGAACAAAGUCAGAUGCAAUUGCGAUGCUGGAUGGAACUAUUGAGGAAAAUAAAAGAUUAAGACAGGAAGCUAAAGAAAAGCGUGCUAAAGAGCCUCCUGUAAAGAAAUUCAAGCCAAGUAAUGUAUCACAAUUUCAAUUGGGGCCAUCAAAUAUUCCUGGCGUUCCUGCGACUGGGAAUAUUCCAGAUGAAUAUCUUCCGCCCAAUAAUAUUCUCUUUCUUCAAAAUUUACCGAGUGAUAUAACAGGAGCUAUCCUUACUUCUUUAUUCGAACAGUAUCCUGGGUUCAAAGAAGUUCGUUCAAUUCAUCCAGCAAAGGGUAUAGCAUUUGUAGAAUAUGAUAGCGAACCUCAGGCCAUGAUUGCAAAAGAAGCUUUAACUAAUCAUCCUAUAACUCCUGAUCAUAAGCUCAAGAUUACAUAUGCAAAAAAAUAA